AUGGCGCAGAUUUUGGGUUACACCGAAGUUGGACUGGAGCCAAAAGAUUUCAGUCGUGCUCCAUCUGUUGCUGCCAAAAAGUUACUCGAAAAAACCGGUCUUUCUGUUGAGCAGAUCUCAUUGUGGGAAGUGAACGAGGCGUUUGCUCUAACAGCAAUUGUAUUCAUGCGUGAUAUGGGUCUGCCCGAUGCUACUCGUAUAAAUAUCCGUGGAGGAGCCGUUGCACUGGGUCAUCCCAUUGGAGCAUCAGGCGCACGAAUUGUUGUUACGCUUCUGCAUGCACUUCAGCCGAACAGAAUUGGGAUUGCGACGAUUUGUAAUGGAGGGGGUGAAGCAACUGCUAUUGCAGUGAGACGUCUGCCAGACUGGGAUUGA